AUGGAACAUCAAGCCUCGUCGGAUGUUUACUUUCCCAUUUCAAAGCUCCGCGUGACGUUGCCCAUCUCGAAGGAGUCCUACAUCAUCCUGCGCAACGAACCGAUCGUCAACCUACGCCUUCUGUCGGCGGAGAGCGAGCAACAAGCGAAUGCCAUUCAACAACCCAAGUACGACUACACCAUCGAGAGCCCUCUCGAUACCAAAUACUUGAAGGUGGACAGUCAAACAGGCGAUUUGUGGAUAACCUCACAUCUUUACACCCUGUCGAACGUGACGGAGUUCGUCAUUGCUGCAAUUAAUGCGAGCGGAGGCCAAUCCAACACCUAUGGGACUCCUCCGGUUGCUCGACUCACGCUGACAAUCGAUCCACUACCGGUGGCCGAGGAUUCGCUGGAUAGCUUUUGCGAGCAUCAUCCGGAGCGUGCCUGUUUCUGGGACACGGUCCAGUACCGAGUGGCGGAGAAUGGUCCUCGAGAUUGGGCCAUUGGCUCGGUUGGACCAGCCUUCUAUCGGCGGCUUUGUCCACAACAUCGGCCCUUGUACGAACUGAUUCCGCCGGUGUCUGUAAACACAAGCAGCCGUAGCAACAGCAAUGAGUUUUUGCAUCUCGAACCUAAGGAAGGUAUUUUGAGGACGAAAGUAUCCUUUGAUUUCGAUACACACGCACCGGGGCCCACGCUGCGGGCUGGCGUACGAUGCACUCUCCAGCAGGAGGCUUCCGAUUCCACUUCCAACAGUGCUGUCGAAUCUCAAAAGGUCGAGCGAACGAUCACAGUGAACGUGCUAGAUCGGAACGAUAAUUUACCUCGACUGGAAGUUCCGAUUGGAACGACUGGUUCCGAUCAUCCAGAGCUACCGGAUGACAUUCCCAGCUAUCACGUGCAUAUUGACGAUCCGCACGUUAAUCAGGGUGACACGGUAGGACAUUUCCGGAUCGUAUUCACUGACGAUGAUUCAAUUCCGUUGAAUUCUCGUGUGCACUACAAAUUACUCGGUGACUUGAUGGAACUGUUUCAUCCUGAUUGUGCCAUGUACGAAAACGAACACGACGCGGGCUUAAAGCAAACAGUUUUUGGUUGCAAGCUCAUUUUCGCUCGUUCUGGAAUCUUACGGAAAAGCCCAUACUGCGUCACGUUGCAAGCGGUGGAUCAAACGGUGCAUCUUUCUCGCGAUCUGGAACAGCCCAAUCCCCGGACACGGCCAGGCAGAGAUGGCCAAUUCGCGUCUGCUAACGCCUCCAUUUGCCUUAGUACCAAUCUGAAUCGCAUUCACGAAUACGACUUACCGCGCCCGGAAGCCCUGACCAGCAAUGGUAUCGUCAGUGCGGCGGCAUAUGGCGAAGGAAGUGGAAUGCGUAGCGAUGCAAAGCUGACCAGAAGGAAGAGCAAAAAAGAAGCAACUCCUGCAAAGAUCUCCUACCCCAAAGAGGCGACAGUGUACGAUACGUCGCGCAAGUAUGCCCGCAUCGCGGAACCCAAAACGUUCAAGCAGCUCGUGCAGGAAAACAGUGCCGAUCUUAACUUUCGACUCACCAACAACCCAUUAAAUGCGUUUGGAAUCACGCAAAUCGCCGGUAUUAUUUACCUCAAGAACGAUACGGCUUUUCAAAAUAAGCCAGAGAACCGUCAUGAAAUCAUUGUAGCAUGGAAGAACUACAGUACAAGCAUUCUGAUCCGUCUGAAGAAAAAUCCGGACAUUCAUUGUUCGCCAGUGCCGAUUGAGGAAGCUGAAGAGGACUUUUGUGCACAACAUCCGAACCGUACCAGUUGUGAGGGUGCAUGUGGGCUAGGCAGUUUGCUGGGAAAAUGCGAGUAUCGUCCGCCAGCAAUGAUGGGGAUACCAAAUCCUUUGGCUUGGAACGAGGACUAUCCCACGUGCUCGUCCGGUUUGUCGCACUGUCCGGAUGGGAUUUGUGAUCCUCUGGAAGAGAUGGGUCACCAGGAGAAAAUCCACAUUUGCCCGCAGGAUUGUGUAUUCAAGCAGGACAUCUUCGGAGUACACCACUCAGACAAACCGCGUGGUAUUCAUACCGCAGCAGGUCACUGUAAGUGCCGCGCUUCGGGACAUUGCGAAUGCGUCGAUAAUUUGCGUAUAAAUUCAUCGUAUAAGCGAAACAAAACCAUCACAACGUCGAGCUCAACUUCGACAACCACCACAACACCGGCCACCGUGAUUGGUGUAUCAGGAAGCGAUGUAGAGUUAAUUCCGAUCAGUGGCAGGAAUCAAAAUGCAUCAAGUGCCACCGGCGAUGAACGGAGGGAUUUGAACGAGCGGGCGGAAGAUGUACCACCAGCUGCUGUCCGGGACGGAAGCUUCUACGAACCGGGACUCAUUAAGGGACCACAUGCUUCGAUAUACCUGAUAGCGAUCGUGCUGAUACCGAUGAUCGUGGCGGUCAUGAUUGUCCUGUACUGCUUCAGUCGCAAGCUAACGGUGAAGAACAAACUGUUGGAGAGUAGUGGUGGUAAUGGAACAACCGGAGGACUCAACAGCAUCAGCAUGAAUCUCGUCAGCAACGACACGGAAAUCUUCAAUGUUGAGCUCCCACUAACGACACGAAUGAACGAAAUUAGCUUCAAGAUCGAUUAUGACUCGAAAUGGGAGUUUCCCCGUUCGAACCUGAUUUUGGAUGCCACCCUUGGAGAGGGAGAAUUCGGAAAAGUAUUGAAGGCAUUCGCUAAGGAUUUGCCGGAAAAACCAGGUAUCACCACGGUGGCUGUAAAAAUGCUGAAAACAGGUGCCAAUUCUGUCGAGCUGCUUGCAUUGCUAUCGGAGUACCAGCUGUUGCAGGAAGUUAACCACCCCAACGUGAUCCGACUGCUAGGAGCUUGCACUAAGGGUGAUUCGCCGCUUCUCAUUAUCGAGUACUGCCAGUACGGAUCAUUGAAGAACUAUCUUCGUUUGAGCCGCAAGCUGGAGGUCCUGAACGCAGAUUACGAAAACGCCGUCGAACCCAUAACGGUCAAAGAUAUUCUUUCGUUCGCUUGGCAGAUCAGCAAGGGCAUGGCUUAUCUUACCGACAUCAAACUGGUACACCGGGAUUUGGCCGCACGAAAUGUGCUGUUAGCCGAGGGUAAAGUUUGCAAGAUUUCCGAUUUUGGACUUACGCGAGAUGUGUACGAGGACGAUGCGUAUUUGAAGAAGAGCAAGGAUCGGGUCCCAGUAAAGUGGAUGGCACCAGAAUCGCUUGCUGAUCAUAUCUACACGACCAAGAGUGAUGUCUGGGCUUUCGGUGUGCUGUGCUGGGAGCUAAUAACCCUCGGUGCAUCGCCAUACCCCGGUAUUCCUCCACAAAACUUGUACAAUCUAUUGAAGCAAGGCUACCGAAUGGAAUGUCCGAAGAAUUGUUCGGAAGAAAUAUAUAGCAUCGUGCGAUCCUGCUGGGCGGACGAUCCUAAACAACGUCCCAGUUUUAAGUAUUUGGCUGGCCAGUUUGAACAAUUGCUGGGACGGAGCGCAAAAUAUAUCGAUAUGGAGCAGAAUUCCAUUUCCAAUCCGGUAUAUUGUGUAAAUAUCGAUGAAAUCGAUUGCGGCAAGAUCGCUAUAUGCAAAGAAGAACAAGACCGACUGGAGAGUCUCUGGACGCCACCGCAAUAUGAAACGAUGAGUGACAAUAAUAGCACCGAGUUGACGGGACGCUACCAAACUCCAUCAGCAAUGGCGGUGGCAGCUGUGAUACCUCUCAGCGAAGACAAGAAAGAAUUGCUUCUUCAGAGCUAUGACACACCGCGUCCUUUGAUAGAAACAGCUACGAUCGAGCAAAAAUUACGUUACGAAAACGAUGUCCGCUUGCGGCCGAAAAAGCUCGGCAACGUGAGCGGCUGUUCAACUAGCUCGAUCGACGAACAGCAGCUCGACCUGAGCCAGAGCUUGAGAUCGGACUGUAGUGUGUUCAGAUCGUCCUCUACAAGCCCUCCACGUUGUAUGCGGAAUCACUUCGAGGAAACGUCCUUUAUUACGAGCACCCCGAAUAAAACGGGUGACAUAAGCGGUGGUAGUAGCAGUGAAUACGACUCCCCUAGCCGUCAGCCACGGCGGGUGGUUUCGUACGUAGACAUGAACAAAAAUCGCAACCUGAACGCGAACCUUGAGAUCAACCACAUGAUCGACAAAAAACAAUCCAAAGAUAUUGCCUUACGAUUUUCAAAUGUCGAUAACGAGUUGCAGGUCGUGGUAGUAGAUCCAGUCUCCGGUGUAACUUCGUCGGUCGUCAGCAACACCCGCAGCAGCAGCCCUAAUGUAUCGAAGAACUUCCCUUCGACGAUCGAGACCGUCCAACAUCAGCAGCAACACGCCGGCGGGGUUGCGAACGGAUCGACAUGCAAUGGUGAGAGUGGCAUUGUCGAAUAUACGGAGGUGGUAAAAAAACAUGUUAAUGGCAAGGAUCCGAUAGGACUCACCCUUACCUCAACGGUUUAG